GCCCACACGAAGAAAAGUGACCGAGGAAAACCACCGGGACCAACGGAGAGGGGGAGGGGAAGAGGGGAACUGGGAAGGGCGAAGCUGCCGCCGCCCAUGGAUCGGGAGCUGGAGGAGGCGAACUGCAAGUUCGCGUGGCUCAAGCUCGCCUGCGCGGAGGACGAGCUCGACUCCUGCGCCACCCUGCUCUCCGAGCUCAAGGUUCUCCUCACAAAGUUUCCUAGCAUGCCACCAUCAUUUGAGAGGACACCUAAUGCAGUUGCGGAGCUGAGACUCGCAAGGGCCAUAUACGAGUUUGCUGUUAUCUUCAGCAUCAGAGUUAAGGACCAAGAUGCAUUUGAGAGGAACUUCUUCCAAUUAAAAGUUUUCUACAUGGAUACAAGAGGCAUACUCCCACCAUCACCAGAAGAAUAUCGAAUUUUGGGACUUAAUCUUAUGAGACUGUUGGCUGAGAACAGAGUAGCUGAAUUCCACACUGAGCUGGAACUUCUGCCCCCGAGAGCCCUUGACCAUCCUUGCAUCAAAUACGCAGUGGAGCUUGAGCAAUCCUUUAUGGAAGGUACCUACAACCGAUUAACCAAUGGUCGGCAAGCUGUGCCACAUGAGACAUACCUCUACUUCAUGGACCUUCUUGCUGAAACUAUUAGAGAUGAGAUAGCUGAUUGCAGUGGUCAGGCAUACGAUCACUUGCCAGUGGAUGAUGCCAGAAAAAUGCUGAUGUUUUCCUCUGAGCAAAAGCUUCUGGAGUACAUAUCAGAGAUACAACAUGAAUGGGAGGUUCAGAAUCAUUCAGUCCUUUUCCACAUGGCGAAGGUCCAACCCCGUGUCGGCAUACAAGCGCAUCAGAUGAUCAAGCGAUCUCUUUGCUACGCACGGGAGCUUGAGCGGGUAGUGUAAUCUGCGAAACAGUGUGGAUAUUGUCCGACGAGCGGAUGGUAUAACUUGCAAAGCGAGGUGGAUUUUGUCCCAUGUACGUAGUCCGUCAUGUAGUAUUUUGUCCCAUGGAACGAUCAGUCUAGAUGCUAGAUAGUCAUGUCUUGUGAUAUACGUUUUCCUUGCUGAAAUGGUUGAAUUUCUGUUGAGAACACAGGCCGGGGACUGAUUGACGAUGCUAAAAACGAUGAGAUAUGUUCAGUUCCAGUUGUGAAAUUCAUUUAAGUUCAGUUUA